AAAACAGUGCUGACACAGAAGUUGAGUCUGGACUGGGCUGAAGGCCACGCCCACCAGGACCUCCAGCUGCUGUUCCCGUUCACUUUCAGAGAGCUCAAUGUGCUCAGAGACACACAGUUUAGCCUGGUGGGACUGCUGCACCACUUCUUCAGUCCAUCCAAAGAUCUGUGCAGCUUCCAACAGCUCCAGGUGCUCUUCAUCUUUGACGGUCUGGACGAGUGCAGACCUCCUCUGGACUUCAACAGAACCCGUGUCUUGACCGACCCCACAGAGUCUGCCUCAGUGCACGUGCUGCUGGUGAACCUCAUCAGGGGGAGGCUGCUUCCCUCCGCUCACCUCUGGAUAACCACACGCCCCGCUGCAGCCAAUCAGAUCCCUGCUGAGUGUGUCUCCAUGGUGACAGAGGUGCGAGGGUUCACCGACUCGCAGAAGGAGGAGUACUUCACAAAGAGGUUCAGAGAACAGGCCACAGCCAUCAUCUCCCACAUCAAGAGCAUCCGCAGCCUCCACAUCAUGAGUCGCAUCCCGGUUUUCUGCUGGAUCCUCUCCACAGUUCUACAGAAACUUCUGGAACAAACAGAGGAACCAGAGCUGCCCCACACUCUCACACAGAUGUUCAUUCACUUCCUGGUGGUGCAGGCCAAUGUCCAGAACAUCAAGUAUCACCAGAGAUCAGGGGCGGACCUUCACUGGACGCCAGAGACCAGGGAGAUGGUGAAGUCUCUGGGAAAACUGGCCUUUGAGCAGCUGCAGAAAGGAAACCUGAUCUUCUAUGAGUGUGACCUGAGCGAGUGUGGGCUGGACGCUGCAGCAGCCUCAGUGUACUCUGGAGUGUUCGCACAGGUCUUUAGAGAGGAGUCGGGCCUGUACCAGGACAAGGUCUACUGCUUCAUCCAUCUGAGUGUGCAAGAGUUUUUGGCUGCUCUUCACAUCCAUCAGAGCUUCUUCAGUUCUGGAGAGAACCUGCUGGAGCCACCACACUCCUGUGAGAGUCUAGACCCUGAGGCAGCAUUCUACCGCUCUGCUGUGAACCAGGCCUUACAGAGUCCAAAUGGACACCUGGACUGGUUCCUGCUCUUCCUCCUGGGGCUGUCUCUGCCAACCAAUCAGAAGCUGCUGCAAGGCCUGCUGACUCACACAGGAAGUGAUUGGACCAAUCAGGAGACAGUAAAGUACAUCAAACAGAAGUUGAAUGAAAAGGGUCUGUCUGUAGAGAGAAGCCUGAACCUGCUCCACUGUCUGAACGAGAUGAACGACCUCAGUCUGGUGAAGGAGAUACAGAAGAACAUGAGAGGAGGACGUCUUUCUUUUCGAAGCAUGUCUCCUGCUGAGUGGUCGGCUGUGUCCUUCCUCUUACUGUCCUCAGGCUCAGUCCUGGAGGAGUUUGACCUGAGGAAAUAUGAGGCCUCAGAGAGAGCUCUCCUGGGUCUGCUGCCGGUGGUCAGAGCCUGCACCAAAGCCUUCUGAUUGGGUGUGGACUGUCCCGUCACAGCUGUGGUCCUCUGGGUCCUCUGUCCUCAGUCCUCAGCUCCUCCAGUCUCACACAUUUGGAUCUCAGUCACAACCACCUCCAGGACUCAGGAGUGGAGCUGCUGUGUUCUGGACUGAAGAGCGCCCCCUGCAGACUGGACACUCUCAG